ACCGCGACGCUUCUCCCUACGCAAAGCGAGGACGCGCGGAUCAGAUGUCGGCAGGAAGAUGUUGAGGUUGUUCCAAACCUAAAGAUGAAUAUUUGUUUCUCUGAUGAGUCGCGGAAAUAUUAAAGGCGAAGAAUGGGAAGCAGUGUAUGCGUUGUCUCGUAUGCUGAAAGCUUGGAGCGCAGACUUUUUUUUCUCGGCGGUAAAUUUAGAGGAGACUAGCUGCGUUGCAGCAACCUAGCUAGCGACAUCGCAGCCCUUUUUGUGGCCCUCAGCGCUCCCUCCCAGCUACACCUAGCAUCCCGUCGCUUGCACAACAAGGAAAAAUGGUUUACCUGCUAAAUCCCAUAGAAAACCUCAGAGGCUACAUCACUAACCGUCCACCUCUGGUCAUUUUUAUGAUCAGUGUCAGUGCGGUGGCCAUCGCCUUCCUGACCAUUGGAUAUUUCUUCAAGAUUAAGGAGAUAAAGUCUCCAGAGCUCACAGAGGACUGGAACACGUUCCUGUUGCGCUUCAACGACCUGGACUUCUGCGUGUCGGAGAACGAGACGAUAAAGCACGGCCUGAACGAGUCGACCACCCCGGAGAGCCUGGUGGUGACCAGCGGCCAGGCCCGCUCCAGCACACAGCCCCCCCUGCUGUUAGAGGACUCGGGCCCCAUCAACAUCUCCGUCUCCAUCACCCUCACGCUGGACCCCGUGCGGCCGUUCGGCGGCUACUCCCGCAACAUCACCCACCUGUACGCCACAGUGCUGGGGCAGCAGGUCGGUCUGUCAGGCCGGGAAGCCCAUGAAGAAAUAAACAUCACGUUCACUCUGCCCGUGUCCUGGAACUCGGACGACUGCGUGCUGCACGGCCACUGUGAGCAGGUGGUGUUCAGCACGUGCAUGACCGUCACAGCAGCCAGCAAUAUCUUCCCAGUCACAGUGCAGCCGCCGCACUGCGUCCCAGAGACGUACACCAACGCGACGUCCUGGUACAAGGUGUUCACCACGGUCCGUGACUCGGACACCAAGUACAGUCAGGACUACAACCCCUUCUGGUGUUACAAAGGAGCGAUCGGCAAAGUGUAUCAUGCACUCAACCCCAAACUCACCGUCAUUGUCCCAGAUGACGACCGCUCCCUCAUCAACCUGCACCUGAUGCACACUAGCUACUUCCUGUUUGUCAUGGUCAUCACUAUGUUCUGCUAUGCAGUCAUAAAGGGACGGCCUGGCAAGGUGCGACAAACCAACCCUGACUUCUGUCCUGAGAAGGUACAACAGACACCAGCAGUGCUUUAUGACCUCAACAGGUGGCGCUGUCAGAGGGUUAAAAAGACGGCAGAGAGCUCUGCCAGAGGUUACCUGUAACAUGGACUCAGAGACACAGAAGAAUUUUUUUUUUUUAAAUCUACAUCCCAGUUGCCUAGUGAUCCCUGGAAAUACAUGAAGGGGUACAAACGCUAUGUGAAUGCAUUACUCUCGCAAUGUUGGGGUUUCUCCAACCAAAGAUAUACAAGUGCCUGUAUCUGUGGUGUAAAUAUUUGUUGGAUCUCUUGACCAUUCUGUGCAAAAGCUCUUUCUUGUUUAUUUUUGUUUGGGAUUUUUUAGCCCGCCUUCCCUCCAUGUCCCCCAUGUGCCAUCCCUGGACCGCUAGAUAAACAUAGAUGAAGGCCGGACUCAGUAACUUUACUGUGAAUUUUCCCUGGAGCCGCUUUUAAACUGAUCUUCAAAACUUGAUGGGCCAUUUGAAAUGUAGUUGAGUUGUCGGAGGUCCUCUCAGCUCAAACAGCGAGGAGAAUGAAAGAAGUCAGAAAAACAAUUUAACUCCCUUAUUUAUUUUACACCCACAAUCUUAAAGAAAAUUGCAUCCAUUACCAUAUGGGAGGUAUCCGAUCAGUCCAAUCAUCUCUGCAUAGUUUGGGUUGACAAACAGAUUUCACCCGGAAAGCGUUUUUGCCUUAUUUUUCUCCCUUGUCACCAAUCUGGCUCCCAUCUCGCCUCACUUUGUGUAGUUUUUAGCGGACAUCUUCCCGGCUGCAUCUGGAAACAUAACGCAAUAACAUCUUGCCUUACCCGUGGUGGACCAGCUGAAAUCAGAUGAGACCUGACCCACCUUCAUACCUUCACAGGCCAACGUUUAUUUUGGUUGUUUCCUGCUGAUUAUUAGGCCUGCUGUUGCUAAAUGACUUCCUGCUUUUCUUUUUGGCUUUGUUGUUCUAUUUACAGCUCCAGUGUGUUGUGCAUAUAGUGACACUCAGUGGCCAAAUUCAAAAAUUGCAACAAAAUGAACUCCCAGAAACUACGUAUCAGCGAAAGAAUAAUAAUUUUUACUUAUUUCUUCAUUUUUCUCUUACCCCAAAAUGUCGCACACUGGAACUCGAUAUGUAAAUCAUCCAUCGAUUAUCAUAUUUUUGAUCCACCUGAAAGUGUAAUUUCACACAAUCUGCAGUUUUAUUGCAUAUUUGGAGCACCUUCAUAAUUCUAGCACAUUUUGUUUUAUUUUCAUCGACAUCACAUGUAAUGUUUAUUGAAUUUGUCUCAAAUUCAAGCUGGUCUGCAUCUGUGUAAAAAAUGAUCAUAUUAACUUAGUAGCUAAUGCUGUCAAAACGUAAAUCCAGAUUAAAUCAACCUCUUGACAGCAUCAUUCAGAGGCAGUGGUACAUUUAUGUCGGGGACUAUUUAAAAAAAAAAGAAAAAAAAAAGUUUGUCAGCACUUAACAGAUGUAUUUCUACAUAAGUGUUGCUGACCAUUUAAUUGCAACUGCUUCACUGCAUUAAUACUACCACAUAUUUAUCAUUGGACACAAAUCCGUUGGACAAAAUGUGCAAAACCCCACAGCUGUGUGAAUAAGUGUGAGUGGGUUUGGGAUAUUUGUAGAUUAAAAAAGUGUCUGUAGUCUGACAUUCUCUGAAAUCUCCUUCAUAGAGACUUUUUUUUUAUAAACAUAUGGAAAAAUGUUCUAUCUUAGAGUUGGCCUCAUCAGCUACUGUUAUUCAGUAUGAUCCGGACCUUUAUUGUCAGGACAUUUGGGUUUUCUUAUGUUGAGAAAUGUACAAAAAAAUCUAAACAAAAUGUGACUUAUUUAGAAAUAGUGAACUGUGAUUUUUUUUUUUUUAAGCAAAAUUGUCUUAUUGACUAUAUUGCGGUUUUGAGAGUAGUGAGAAACCCCAACCUUGGGCUAUACUGGACUCUAUUGGCAUUUCAAUGCCUAGAGUUUGACAUCACAUGCAUUCUGGAAUUUUAUGAAAAUUUCCAAUUGAAACCGAUUUCAUGCUCACAUCCACAAUUUACACAGCAACACAUAAACAUUUUUCUUUAUUUUCAAAAAAUGUCUGUCAUUGCUAUAGGACUCGCUGUUUUUUGGUAAAUACCCCAAGAGUGACGAGCGUACGUGCAUUAAGCCUCAUUUACUCCCACUAUAUUUCUAUGGUGUUUGUUUUCCAAUUGAUUUCUUGAACUUGUCAUAUCUCCAACUUUAAACACAAAAGGGGUGUAAAAAUUCACACGUAGCCACCAGAGGGUUCUCCUAGUGACUGUUCAUGAAUAUGUGCAAUAUGGCUCAUAGUUUAGGUGCGGUAAUUGUUUAUUUGGGGCUUAGAUUUCUUUUUGGUAAGCUCUCCAGAGAAGAUUAGGUUACCACGGCAACCGGUGACUCAGCAGUUCUUGUUUUUUUUUUUCUUUUCCUCGGCUUGCUCAGCUUAUAAGUUUUGGGCAUAAGAUUCAUUGGUUUCUUUCCAAAUUUAUUGCAUUUGUUUUUUAAUAUUUUUUUUGUACAAUAAUAACACAAACUCUGUUAAUUUAACUGUGUUAUCAUGAUCUAACCUCCCAACAGUCUCUAUGGAGGAGAAGCAGAGUUAUAAGAUCUACUGUGUGCCUGCUUGACAUCUUAUAUGGUUUGGUUUCCCAGUCGUGGUUACCGGUAACUUUGACUUACCUCUGUACUAUAAUUUUGUUUCAUAUUUAAUAUACCUGUUGAAUGUACUUUUUUAUAAGCAGCAUAAUCUAAAUCUGAGAUGCAACAAUUCCAAGUGAGUUUAAACUAUGAUAUAAUUAGUUUUUCUCUUUAUUUCGUUUCAGUUUGAAAGGCUUUACUUGAAUCCAGUUUUUGAGUGGUAUUUACGUGACAUUUACAUGUUAUAAAAUGUAUCUUUUUGUGGUAAAUUUAAUUUUGUGGUAUCAGAUGCUCUAUUUUUUUUAAUUUUUUUUUUGGUUUGUGUGUUGGUGAAUGGUUGAAAACUGUUUUUGUUUUCUGAACAAAGUCUUCCUGAUUCAGAUGUAUCACAAUCUGUUAACUUUAUCGUCUCAUUUGCUUCCACUGUUGUUGCUUUGAAGUCUGGUAGCUCAUUCUUGACAGGUGUGAUGGAUGGAAACUGGGUGUGUGGCUGAUCGUUGUUGCCAAACUGUCAUUAUUAUCAUGUGUAGCCUGAAUUUGCCUGCUUCUUAUCCAUGUUUGAGUGAUUUUCUUUUUUGCUAGAAUUGCCUCUGAUUUACUGCAGAUUGCCUUAACAUUGUCCAGUUUUCCUUUUCUUUGCUUCACAUAUUGUAAAUCACGCCGGCUUAAGAAACAAAUCAAGUGUACACUUAAAGAUUUUUGGGUUUUCAAUGCAGUUUUACAUGCUCCUUUUACGUUGUACCGUUUCAAAAUGAUGGUUGCUUUACAAAAUAACCUUAAAUGCAGUGCUGUCAUUACACUCCCCUGUCCUCCCAACACGUUAGCAGCGCUUUUACGCAAGUAUUAAGCCAAUUCUGUGCCUUCUGCACUGUCCAGCUGCAUCCUCUUCCCUGUACAUACACUAGAUAGGAUCAUAGGUUUCCAUGUGGCUAAGGCGUCAUUCAAACCCCGAUUUCUCUUCAGUGGAACUGCUGUAAAUGAAUUCAAAUUUAAAUAAAUAAAUUGUCUCAAAACUUCCAACAA